GUUCCGCCGGCCAGGUCGUGACUUCGUGCGGUCGUGCACGGGCGAGCAAGAUGUGUGUUCACGGGAGUUUAAUUGUGCUGCUGAGCGUGGCUGGCACGGUCGUGCUGGGUCUGGCCCUAGCCUCACCCGACACUCCGGCCGGAGCGGUCGAGCCGGAGCGGCCCCGGAUCGUGGUCCCGGAGCUCGUGUCUCCUAGGCGGCGGACGUCGGUCGAGCCGUCGGAGUCGGAGUCGGGCGACACCGUGGUCACGCGAUCCCGGCGGCGCACCAAGGACUCGGACGAGCAGACGAACAUCGAAUCAAGUAUAUCGCUCUGGGAGUGGCUGAAGGGACGCGACAAACCCGAGGACAACUGCAUGCUGAUGGCGAUCGGAGGGGUGGCCAGUGGCGGCUUCCUGACCGGGGCCUUCGUCGGAGCUGGCAUCGGCAGCAUCUUCACCGGACCGGGCGCCAUCGUGGGGGGCAUCGUUGGCGGGCUGGUGGGGGUGUUUGGGGGGCUCAGUGUUGGUGCCAGAGCGGGUGCGGUGGCUUGUGAGAAUGUCUGA